UGUGGUUUCACUAAAAUUAAGUGACUUCGUAGAACCCGCCCCUGUUCUUGCACUCACCGGCUAUGGAAUCCGAGACUUUACAACGACGCCGUUCGAGCCUUGACAGCCACAACAACGGCCCUAUCAGAGAGAAGAGGUCGAAACGCAGUGAGGUACUCGCCAAGAAGAAAGCCGUUGAAGAACUCAUCAAAGAGGCACAUGCUGAGAAGGAUCACCUUGCUUCUUUUCCCACAUUUCGCGAUUUUCACAAAAACGGUCUCUCUAUGUGUUUGAAGUCAGGACAUGGGAGUAAACUUUCCUCAUCUGUUAAGCAUUAUGUUCAAAGUCUCCUUAAGCUAAACAUGGAAGGACCAUAUGGAUCUGAGUGGCCAGAGGAAGAAAAGGUGAAGCGCAGAGAAAUGAUUGCUCCUGAAGCACACUAUAUAUUUGUGCACGAGGUUGCCCAUUCAAAUUUUGAUGAGAUGACAAAGAUGGUGAUUGCAGAAGAGACUUCAACUUGUUGUCUGGAAGAUAGUGGCCCCUUGGUUGGAUUUGUACAGUAUCGCUUUAUUUUGGAAGAAGAGAUACCAGUGCUUUAUGUGUAUGAAUUACAGCUUGAGCCUCGUGUACAAGGGAAAGGAGUGGGGAAGUUUUUAAUGCAACUUCUUGAGCUUAUGGUCCAAAAGAACUGCAUGGGUGCUGUCAUGCUGACUGUUCAAAAGGCAAAUGUAUUAGCUAUGGAUUUCUAUAUAAAUAAACUGAGAUAUACAAUAUCAGCGAUGUCACCUUCAAAAGUAAACCCAAUGAUGGAGACGAGUUAUGAGAUUCUUUGUAAGACGAUUAGCGAUGAAGCUAAAACUAUUUUGGAGGUAACAGAAAACAAAAGCUUUUGAUUGCAUAUGAUCCGUGAAUCUGUGCUCCAUUUAGCUGGUGAUGUACCAUAGUACCAAUCAUUUCUUGUAAAAAAGGUAAUCUGUAAACAUUUCAAUACUUAGCAUGCUGUUUUUUCUUUGUAGAAGAAAGAAGAUUCGAGACUUGUUCUCCAUCAGUCCCUUUUUCCUUUGCUAUUUUCUGUUCUUUGCUUUGUUCAAACACAAGCAUUAACCUCGUUAGCUUGUAUGUUCAGUAAAAAAAUCAGCAUGUUACUGGUGUGGACAUGUAUUCAGUAUUUCAGCCGCUAGGGGUGCAUUUAGGAUAGAGUUGGACAAAGACGGUUCAAGUAAUUAGUUUCAUUUUGUAGACUUCUUUAUUGCACUAAUUGAGUGCCCUUGUUUCUAUUACAUUCCUUUCCCUUAUGUUGGAAUCUCUUUUGUUUUUUCUUUCUUCUACUGUUCUUGUAAAAGAAGUUUCUUGUCACGUUGUAG